CAAUUGCGCUCAGCCUCCUCCUUCCUAACGUUAGUAAUGCAUCUUAUUUCCCAUUCUCGGCAUAGGGUUUCCUCAGUACAUUUUUUUUCGAGCAAAUCUCUUCGCUCUAUCGCUUUUCAGAAAGAUAGCACCAGAGCCAUCUGACUGCAUUGUAUUUUAAGAAGCUGAGAGUUGAAGCACUAGCGGAUUUGAGGUUGAAAGGCAAGGGCUCUGAAAUGCGAUCAUCUAACCUAGCUAUGCCGGCUUCAGGCCGGAAGAAAGAUAAAAAAAUGAAGAUUUCUGCAGAUUGCAGUGAACAGUCGGAGGAGAGUAUUACUAAGGAACAUGCUGUGGAAUCAGUUGGAAUUGAGGAAACUAGAAGCAAUCUGGAUGAAGUUGAUUCCAUGACUGUGAAGGAACUUCGGACAAUGGCAAGGAGUUUCGGUAUCUCAACAAGAGGCACUAAGCAGUACUUAAUAUCUUCACUGAAGUGUUUAUCAUUCAAAGGGAAAACCGCCAUAUCAGAAGGCAUGGAGAGGCCUUCUUUAGCUUCUGAAAAUGUGGCCUUAAAAACAGAUGCACAAAAUUUAGGUUCUGAACAUUUUUCUCAAGAUGAACAUACUGCUUUAGAUGUCAUUCACAAAAAACAAAGGGGAACCAAAAGAAGAAAGCAAAUGGUAGAGAGUACUAUAGCUGAAGACGAUUCAAAAUAUGUUUUGGAGCGCAAUGAAUUGCCUAUCAAUGCAGAGGAAGUUAUUGGGACAGGGCAAUCUAUCUCACAAAAACAAGACUCUUCAAUGGUUCAAAGUUACCAGAAAGUUUCAACUCAAAUAGGUUUAGCUGCAGACACUAAUGAACAUUGGAUUGUGCUUGCGCACAAGAAGCCGCAAAAAGAUUGGAUUCCUUAUAAUCCUAGAACCAUGAGGCCUCCUCCUCUUAAUGAGGACACCAACUCUACGAAGCUUGUUUCAUGGAAUGUUAACGGCUUGAGGGCUUUGCUCAAGCAGAAGAGUUUCCGUACACUUCAACUUGUCCAACAUGAGGAUUUUGAUGUCCUGUGUUUGCAAGAGACUAAAUUACAAGAGAAGGAUGUGGAUGCGAUCAAGCAGAACCUGAUUGAUGGCUAUGAUAACAGCUUCUGGACCUGUAGUGUUUCAAAGCUUGGUUAUUCUGGCACUGCUAUUAUAUCAAGGAAAAAACCAAUCUCUGUUAACUACGGACUUGGUAUAUUGGAUCAUGAUACUGAAGGGAGAAUUGUGACCGUUGAGUUUGAUAAAUUUUACUUAAUAAGUGGAUAUGUACCUAACUCUGGAGAUGGCUUAAGAAGAUUGGCUUACAGGGUUGAGCAAUGGGAUCCAUCGCUUAGCAAUUACAUGAAGGAUUUGGAAAAAGCAAAACCUGUAAUUUUAGCUGGUGACCUGAAUUGCGCUCAUGAAGAGAUUGAUAUCUACGAUCCUGUGGGAAAUCGCCGUAGUGCUGGCUUUACAAAUGAAGAAAGGGAGUCAUUUCAAAAGAACUUUUUGUCUAGAGGCUUUGUGGACACCUUUAGAAGGCAACACCCUGGGGUAGUGGCAUACACAUAUUGGGGUUAUAGGCACGGAGGGCGCAAGACAAAUAAAGGAUGGCGGCUUGACUACUUUCUAGUCUCCGAGAUCAUUGCAGAUAAGGUUCAUGAUUCUUAUAUUCUAUCACAUGUGGAUGGCAGUGAUCACUGUCCUAUAGGGCUUAUACUGAAGCUCUAGCUUAACGGCUGUAGCUGGUUUCAGGUGAGAGAGGCUACACUUUGGUCCAGGCAAAAACUUUUAUUGCUCAGGUCUUCUUCUACUGGUGCAGGUAUAUAUAUAUAUAUAUAAGCCCCUCUGAUUUUGUGAAUGCACAGAUGGAACUAUGUUCAUCAAACCCUGCUUUUAUAAAUAUACAAAGGCUUUUGCUUUCUGUGGAGGUCCAUUUUGGAUCAUA